AAAAAUAAACCAGAUUACACGCAACGGGAAGGUCAAAUUCGACGCUCUUUAAAACUUUUAUUUUAGUUAUUUUUUAAUGGAAUGGUCUGUAAUGAUGGUGUUAUUAUUGGUUUUUAUACCAACCAUUAAUGUUAAUUGUGCCAUUCAAUUCACAAGAUUUAGGGCGCCAUCAAUGAUCGUCAUGCAGUACGCAGUUGAGUAUUAAGUUUCUUUCUGCAUAUGGUGCCGAUAUCCGCAGUCUGGGCAUAGCACUUAAUAAAACAGUUUAAAAGUUUGAAAAAUCGAGAAAUUGUGUAUAUUUUCGUCAGCUCCGGACAAAACCUUUGUGGUUUUUGUAUAUUUUUGUAAAAUGUGAUGUGUAUUUAAGGACAAUACUGUUGUCAAACUAUUUGGACUUUAAAUUCAGAUGUGCGUUGCGGUGCAUAAUGGAUGGCAAAUGAUUUUUUUUCCGGGUGUAGAAUAUAAAUAUCAAAAAUUAUACGCAUUUAAAAAAUUUUUGCUGUGUUUUCAAGUUAUUUUUCAAUCCCCGUAAUAGAUCAUAAAGCGAAAAUGACCUUAAAUAGAUCAUUAAGUGAAAAAAUCGAAAGUAAUGGCCACGUAUCCCAUGAAACGGAAAAAUUUCUGCUUGAUAGUAAAAAGUCCAUCUGCAUAAGCGAUAAUUUGGGUCACGCGGUUAACGGAAAAGAGAAAGCAUUAGAGUCGUUUAUAGAAGUGCACAUUGAAACGCCCCCCCGUCGGAACACCUUUGACAAGGAGCCACCGGAUGGGGGUGUACGAGCAUGGUCAGUUAUGGUUAGCGCAUUCAUAUGCAAUGGUGUAAUAUUUGGCAUUAUUAAUACUUAUGGCGUCAUUCAUUCAUUGUUAACCGACCGUUUGGCUGAACAAGGUGACACCGAAGCGUCCAGUAAAGCAGCACUUGUUGGGUCAUUAACAAUUGGCACAACGUUUCUUCUAUCACCGGUUGCGGGUUGUUUGACUGAUAAAAUCGGUCUACGUCUCACUACGUUCAUUGGUGGCGUUUUGUCAGCUGGCGGCCUAUUAAUGUCAUCAUUUCUUACCCAAAAUAUUGUUGCGCUAUAUUUAACAUAUGGAAUUAUGUUUGGCUUGGGUGCCGCCUUGGCCUAUACACCGACAUUAGCGAUAUUAGGACACUAUUUUAAACGCUAUCUAGGCAAAGUAAGUGGCUUUGUGACGGCGGGGUCAAGUGUUUUUACGGUUAUAUUACCGCCUGGCAUGGACUAUAUGCUUAAAGGUUAUGGACUCGAAGCGACACUAAGAAUGAUGAGCUUAAUUUCGACCUUCAUAAUAAUGUGUUCCUUUGUCUACAAACCGUUGCAUCCACCACCAGAACCACCAAAGAAGAAACCAGGCCGGUCGAAAACUAAUAUGUUUUUUCGAUCUAUUGUUAACGUACAAAUUUGGAAAUGUAAGAAGUACGUGAUAUGGGCUAUGUGCGUACCGAUAGCUUUGUUUGGUUACUUUGUACCUUACGUGCAUAUGAUGAAAUUUGUGCAAACAGCGUUUCCAGGAAGAAGCGAAAAUCUACCCGUAAUGUGCAUUGGCAUUACAUCCGGUAUGGGCCGUUUAAUGUUUGGAGCAAUUGCCGAUAUGCGAGGAGUCAAUAGAAUUUAUUUGCAGCAAUUAUCUUUAGUUUGCAUUGGCCUUAUUACUUUACUGUUGCCACUUACGAGCUCUUACGUUUUAUUAAUUGUGUUUACUUUGGUAAUGGGCUUAUUUGAUGGCUGCUUCAUUUCAUUGUUGGGACCGAUUGCUUACGAAAUAUGCGGGCCAUCUGGGGCAACACAAGCUAUUGGUUUCUUGCUGGGUUUAAGUUCCGUUCCUCUAACGGUUGGACCACCCGUUGCUGGAAAAAUCUUCGAUAGAACGGGCUCGUACACAAUGCCUCUAAUAAUGGCCGGUAUUCCACCAAUAAUAGGUUCAGCUGUAAUGCUCCUCAUACGAUUUGUUAAAGACGAAAGGCCGACAACACCAUCUACUGAUAGUAAAACUUUAAACGGUACACCAGAAUGCACACAAAAGCUGCCUCUUAUGAACGGACAUUCCAAGUUCACUGCCGAAGCUUAUGCAAUUCCGGACAGACCGACAGCCUUGAUAAAUGGCAGGGCACAUUUAGCUGACACAGUAGUAGAGAACACUAACACUUCUGUAAAUUCGCAUACAGCUCUAAUGUCCGACAGUUGCUUGUCAACGUUAAUAGUUAAUGUUGAAGAACGAAAUGUAAAUGCAUCUUGCAGAUCUUUUGCAUCACAACGCCAAUACAUGUAUUGCGUCUAUUAAUAAUAUGAGCUAAUUAUUUAACAAAUUCUUUAUAUGUACAUAAUUGCACCUAAUCAAUAACUGAAUGAAAAAAAGAAGAAGGCAUCGCUAGUGGCAAAGGAAUUUUUUGUAGUUGAAUAACCGAGAAAAAUAACAUCAUCGUACUGUAAGGAGUAAUCAAACCCUUCUUAAGUCAUCUCUCGCUAUGCCUUUAGUUUUUUUUGUGCUAAAUUGAGUCGCAAAAACGUAACUGUUCUUUAAUAUAUAUUUCUUUAGUCCAUCUAUCCCUGAAAUCUAUCCGAUUUCAAUCUGAAAUUUCAUAAAAUCUGAAUUCAUCAAAGUCUCAUCUCAAAUGUAACAAGUAAGAAAAUUAUAUUCGGUC